AUGAAACGAAGACCAAAGCGAUGCUCGCUACCGGUAAAUGGAUCGAGAAAAGAAUGAAUAACCAGCAGUUGCAAGUUAAAUAUUAUAAAUACCACCGAACUUAAACAAGUGAGCUCACAAAAUCUUUUAAGUGUCACAAUUGAUCAGAAACUCUCUUUUGAUGACCAUAAUGACAAACUCUGUAAUAAGUUCUGUCAACGAAUUGCCGUGCUGAGUAAGAUUAAGUGAUUAGUUCUUCCUUUGGAACAGAGGAAAGCGUUUUACAAUGCCAUGAUAAAGCAAACAAUGCUGUAUGUCUCCAAUGUAAGGUCCGUGUGCUCCAUUGGGAAUUUGCAGAGAGUUUUUCGUCUCCAGAGGCGAAGCUGUGCACGCAUUAUCCUUGACGCCAACACGCAAGCAAACAGUGAUGAACUGUUUACGAGAUUGGAUUGGCUUCCCCUUCACCUU